AUGCUCCUAGUCCGCGCUCUUCAGUACGAGCGUGCCCAAAUCGAAAUUGCGGUGGAGGAAGCCAUUUCUCUGGACGAGGAGGCUGCCUCCCUUCAAGCCGCGGCGGCCGCAGAGUUCGCUGAGCGGAGCGCUGCUCUCGCUGCGGAAUUUGCCGCGAAAACUGCUGCUGCUGCCGAGAAAGGCAGGAUUGCGACUGCCCGUCGCCGCCGCGCUCAGCGUCAACGCGUUGCCUUUCAGGCCAAAAUUUCGAAGAUCGUGGCCCACGAGGACAUUGCCAUUGCGGAGCUGGAGGAGGAGGAGCGUAACGAAGAGGCGCGCCUUGCUCUCGAGGCCGCCCUGGUCGAUACUCCUGCUGCCGCCGACUGGGGGCAACCGGGGGUCGAUUACGAGUUCGACUUCCGGACCCCUGAGCCUCUGCCUGCUCCCUCCGCAAGUGGUUGA